AUGGUGAACCUUUCCACGGCAAGUCUUCAUCCACAACCAGCUCAGUACCAUUUUGCAUCUACGAAGAAAGUAGAAUGGAAAGAAUGUGGUGAUAUCAAUAAUCACACAGUUGAAUGUGCCCGAAUCGAGGUCCCAAUGGAUCACUACAAUCCAUUACCGGAGAAGAAUUUCUCAAUCCCGAUUAUUAGAAUGCUAGCAUCAAACACAUCAGCUAAUGGCGACAAGUCAAUCUUCUUGAACCCUGGCGGUCCUGGAGGCAGCGGGGUCAACUUUCUAUGGAGAGGUGGCGAAAAUCUCAACAAGAUCAUUGGAGAAGGAUAUCACCUGUUAAGCUUUGAUCCUAGGGGUGUUAAUGGUUCAAUCCCUCAAGCUAUUUGUUACGUCACGCCUGAGCAAAGAGCUGAGGAGAUUGAGAGCAAUCCAUGGAAUCUGGAAUUUGAAGCCGGGGAGAUGUUCACCAGAGCAGAAAACAAGGGGAAAGCUUGCGCUGAGACAAUGGGCGAGCAUGGCGCUUACAUUGAUACUCUUCAAACGGCUGCCGAUAUGAACUCGAUUCUUGAUGCUAUUGGACAGAAAGAUAUGUAUUACUGGGGAUUCAGCUAUGGAACGACCUUAGGUCAAACAUAUGCUCAGAUGUUUCCUGACCGUGUAGGAAGACUGAUCAUUGAUGGUGUAAGUAACCUCGAUGAAUGGUACAAUGCAUUCUUCUUUGAGGAGUCUCUGUCCGACACCGACAAUGUCUAUGCCGGAUUUGCGAAAGAAUGCUUCAAGGCGAAAGAGAAUUGCCCCCUAAACUCGAUCAAGGAAAAGCCAUUCGAAUCAGCCGCCGAUUUGCAAAGCCACCUCGACGAUUUCCUUUCGCAACUGGAAGAGGAACCAAUACCUGUAUAUCUCAACAACACCAAUUAUGGAUCAGUCUCUAGGAUCAGCCUAGCACUCAACGCGAUCUUCCCGUCGCUCUACAAGCCAUACCCAACUUGGCAAACUUUGGCAAAGAACCUUGCGGAACUUCUCACAGGAAAUGCCACUGCAGCCUUCAAAGCCUACUCCGACUCGUGGGUCGCAGGCAUCAUAGCCGAUGAAACCAAUACAUUCGUCAUCUCAAACGACAACUUGAAAGCAGGGGCUGGAGCACCAGUCCACGGCGUGAAGCCAGUCAAGAACUACACGAUGUCCCUACCAGAAGAGUCGAAACUUGUAUCGCAGUACCAAGGCUCUGAUGCCUUUGAUCGAGCGUCUUGGGCAAUCGCCACAACUCACAAAUUCCACCCUCGAUAUCACCCAGAAUUUCCGAGAGUCAAAACGGCACAUCCGAUCUUGGUACUAUCCACAACCUACGACCCCGUCUGUCCUUUGAUAUCUGCGAAGAAAGCACAUGAUAGCUUCGAGGGAGCUGGAUUCAUUGAGCAAUUGUCGUAUGGUCAUUGUACUAUAAGCAUGCCUUCACUAUGCACUGCAAAGCAUGUGCGAGCAUAUUUCUACGAAGGGAAGUUGCCAGAAUCUAGUACAACGUGA